AUGCAGCUGAAGUUCUAUCCUCUGGUGGUUAAGGAUGGAGUGAAAGUGGCCAAGCUGAACCCAAAAGAGAUAGAGGAACAAUGUAAGAAAUGGAAAACAACCUUAAUUGGAUAUGUCCUAGGAGGAAACCCUUCGUUCAAGGAAAUGCUCAAAUUUGUCUAUGGAGUGUGGAACUCAGUGACGACACAAAUGAUAUUUCUUCACGAUGAUGGUUAUUUCAUUUUUCACUUUGAAUCUAUGGAGGAUAAAAUUGAAAUUUUUCAAAAUGGACCUUAUACCUUCAAUAAUAGACCCAUGGUCUUGAAGGAUUGCGAUCCUGAUUUUCAGAUUCAAAAUGAGUCUAUGAGAAUUGUUCCUAUAUGGAUUAACCUCCCUGGGCUACCUGUUCAGUGUUGGGCUGAGGAGAACCUAGGUCGAAUUGCCAGUCUAUUAGGCAAACCUAUUUGCACUGAUAAGCUUACAGCCCAAUGUGAAAGAAUUUCAUAUGCUAGGAUCCUUGUUGAAAUGGAUAUCACACAGCCACUACCAGAUGGAAUAACCAUUGAGAAUCCAGAUGGAAGUAGCUGGGAGCAAAGAGAGGAAUUUGAGUGGAAACCAAAACUGUGUAUGGAUUGUAAUAAGUUUGGGCAUAGUACUGGUAAUUGCCAACAAGACAUACAACAGGCGAAUGAACUAAAACCACAUAAAAGGAGAAGGAAGAAGAAGACAAGAAUAGAAUGGAAGCCAAAGCCAAAUGACAAAGGAAAUAAUGAAACUGAUGUUCUGCCACAUAAGGAGCCUGAACAACAGGAACCAGUAGUAGAGGUACAAGUGACUAAUCGAGGCAAGCAAGCUGUGGUUAUUCAAGGAUCAGCUGGCAAGAAGACCCAUAGAGAUAUCAACUAUGAGUAG